GACCUCCAGACAUAUCGUCAUACCUGGCACUGUGUUGGAGUCUAAAACAUCAGCAUCAUGGGCGAGUGGUCAAAUGGUCUUCUUGGUUGUUUCAAUGACUGUGGAUUGUGCGUUAUAACCUAUUUCGCACCCUGCUACACAGCAGGAAAAAUUGCAGAGAAAACUGGUGACGACUGCUGUACAUAUGGAUGUUUAAGCAUCUUGGGACCUAUCGGUAUCUACACCCGAGCCAAAACCAGGGCAAAGGUCAGGGAGAGCAAAGGAAUCGAGGGUGAAUUCUGUAACGAUUGUAUCAUGCACUGGCUCUGUGGCAUCUGCUCACUCAUACAGGAAGCUCAGGAAGUAGACGCGCUGGAUCGUGGAAACCAACAACAAGCGAUGGCCCGGCAAUGAGUGUCUUCCUCGUCUGUCAAACACCCGGUCUCAUGUCCAUCACUCCGUCCACUGAUGACAUCAUCUUUUUCUACCUUUGAUACGACUCAUGGAUUAUACCCACUGUUUUGUUAUCACACACUCGAUCCAGUCGGCUCACGUCCAAAGAUAAACUUCAGCGCUCACGUUUUUAUGAGUCGACGUGCAGUUUAUCAUGUCGCAUUUUCAGCUUGUGAUGAAGUGGUUUGAAUAAAGUAUUUAUUGUUUCAUUAA